GAAGACGGAGUACAAAACAUCUGAAGUGUUGGACUGCGGCGACCAUUCCCCAACUUUCACCGUCAACAUAUGGCAUGAAACAGACAAGAUACGCAGUCUCGAGUUUCCAGAAUCGAUCCCUUCGACCUGUGCCAAAAACGGCCUACAGACGUAGCUCGAAGCUCGAACGGCGGUACCAAUGAUUCGAGGUACCCUAGGUAGGCACCCGCGUAAAAUCUGUCCAACGUCCAUCGAUUGGGCCCGCCGCACCUGCAGAUGAUGGAUGUGGCGACUCCUUGCCGGCGUAAUUGCACUUUGCAGAAUCCAGUACACCUGCUGCCCUUGUCGAUGUCUCUCAUUCUGGUCUCUGUUGGUGUUGGUCUGCAGAUGCUGGCAUGUCUCCGUCUGCGUCUCCACGCCGCCCGAGAAUCACACCCUGUAUCCUGGCCACACCCGUGGGAUGGAGGGUGGAACAUGUGCAUCUUUGGGGGGAGGGGUGUCUUUUAAUGGAACCUCAUUCUGUCGUCUCAAGCAGCCCUCCAUCUGGUAUAUAUCCUCUGCGUCUUCCCGGUCUUCUUCUCUCCUGCUUCCGUGUCGACUUCUCGAACAUCAUCCCCUACCCGGUCUCGCCUUCCGCGCCAGAUAACAGGGUCUUCGAUCCCUUCUUGCCCCCCUCCCUUGUCCUACACAUAGACUUGAAGCAUUUGUGCUAUCCAGUCCGGCACUCUCUUUGAACACGUACCCGCGCCUUUGCGCCAAAGAUCGAUACGAUGGCUCUCCAUCAGUAUGAUUACAUUUUUGCCAUCGGUACCAUCUUCGCGUUCCUCGACGCGUGGAACAUUGGUGCCAACGAUGUUGCCAACUCCUGGGCCACUUCGGUCUCGUCCCGAUCCAUCACCUAUAUUCAGGCCAUGUCCCUAGGUUCCAUUCUCGAGUUUGCCGGUUCCGUUGGUGUUGGUGCUCGUGUUGCAGACACCAUCCGUACCAAGAUCGUGGAUAUCGACCUCUUCGAGAAUGACCCGGCUCUCCUCAUGCUCGGCAUGUGCUGCGCCGUCACCGCAUCCGCCAUCUACCUUACCAUCUGCACGAAAAUCGGUCUCCCCGUUUCCACCACCCACUCCAUCAUGGGUGGUGUCAUCGGCAUGGGUGUCGCGCUUAUUGGCGCUGAUAACAUUCACUGGGUUUCCCCGAGCGGCGAUAUCAGCUCAGGUGUCGUCUCUGUCUUCCUCGCUUGGAUUAUCGCCCCUGGUAUCUCUGGCUCCUUCGCGGCAAUCAUUUUUACAAUCACAAAGUACGGUGUCAUGUUGCGCAAGAACCCGGUCAUGAAGGGUCUCGCCCUCGUGCCCGUCUACUUCGGAAUUACGGCCUCUCUUCUGACCAUGUUGAUUGUCUGGAAGGGUGGCUCCAUUAAGGUUACCUUUAACGAUGCCGAGACGGCCGGUAUGAUCGUUGGUGUUGGUGCCGCUUGGGCUCUGCUCAUCACCAUCUUCUUCGUCCCCUGGUUGUACCGCAUGGUCGUCAAGGAUGACUGGCAACUGCGCUGGUACCACAUCUUCCUUGGUCCUCUCCUGCUCCGCCGCCCCGAGCCUCCCAUGCAGCCCGAAGGCCUGACCGGCGGCAUCCGCGACUUCUACUCCGGCCACAUGACCAAGGAGGAGCUUGAGGCUGCUCGUGGUGGUGUUGUUUCUCCCACUCGCAGCAACGAUGUUGAAUCGGGCUCUGCCGACGGCGAGAAGACUGUUGCCCAGGACACCGCCGACGCUGCGACAGUGACCCCUCGCAAGAAUGAGUACGCUCACAAGCCCAUUGUCGGCCCUCGCCCCGAGGGAGUUUGGUACAGCGGUGCCGUCCUUUACUGGAUGGUCAAGAAGGUCUUCCUGUCGGGUGUCGACCAGGACAUCAUCAACAUGCAGAAGAAGGAGAGUGUGCUUACUGGCGACUUGGAGGAGAUGCACGCUCAUGUCCAGCACUACGACAACAAGGCGGAGUACCUGUACUCCUUCAUGCAAGUCAUGACUGCCUGCACCGCGUCCUUCACCCACGGUGCCAACGACGUUGCCAACGCCAUCGGACCUUACGCCACCAUUUUCCAGAUCUGGAACACCGGUGUCCUCGCUGGCAGCAAGUCUGACGUCCCCAUCUGGAUUCUCUGCUUCGGUGGUGCCGGUAUCGCCCUCGGUAUCUGGACUUACGGAUACAACAUCAUGCGCAACCUCGGUAACCGCCUGACGCUUCACUCGCCUGCUCGUGGUUUCUCCAUGGAAUUGGGCGCUGCUUGCACCAUCAUCCUGGCCACUCGUCUUAAGCUCCCCGUCUCUACUACUCAGUGCAUCACCGGCGCCACCGUCGGUGUCGGUCUCUGCUCCGGUACCUGGCGCUCCAUCAACUGGCGCAUGGUUGCUUGGAUCUACAUGGGCUGGAUCAUCACCCUUCCCACUGCUGGUAUCAUUUCCGGCCUCUUGGCCGGCAUCAUUGUCAACGCUCCUCGCUGGGGAAUGGCCAACUAAACUGACGCUCUUGGCUUGACGGAUUUUGGCCUACUCUACAUGGCUUGAUCAGGGAAGGUCUCUGGUUUUGGGGAUCCAGGACCGGGCUCUUCGGAGUUGUGCCCGUUUAAAAUAGUGUAUACUUUCUUUAUAUCUGAUAGACUACCGCUCAUACCCUCCUUAGUAUCGUAGCAUUUAAUGAUUUGUAUCCCAAAUU